GUCGUGGCCGGGAAAUCAUCCGUUCAUUGGGCGGACCUUUGGACACGAAAGAGGCACACCGAAGAGGAUUACGCUCUGGAGGCCCUUCUUCACCAGAGGGCCCAAGAACCCUUCGAGCUGAUUGACGCCCCAUCUGCGCUGACCUGGAAGGGUGGCAAUCUCAUCGCUGGCGUUGGGGUCAUCGGUGAUGAAGAUAGGGUACAUGAGCAUGGAUUUUGAUCGAACUACGUCUGUCAGAGAGCGUUGACGAUGGUGGGACGACGAAACACACGAGAUAUCCAUGGUGGUAAGAGGAAAGAGAUGGCGGGAAAGAUGAGCCAGAACACCCUAUCCAGUACUCUGAUAACCGGUUGGGAGCUAGAUCUUGUGUGGGAGAGUAUGACUCAGAAAUGAACUUGACAUCCCGGACCGCUGAAGAGGCCGGAAUCGCACCAGCGAGUGAUUUCGAGGUAUUGGUGGGGGGGUAGGGGUCAACAAUGACUUGCAUCGUCCAUUCAUGGGCCAUAAAUGACUCUGUCUUGGUCAUCCCGAUUUGAGCCUGGUAGACCGUGGUUCGGGAGAGAUCUUAUUGUCUCCCACAAGAUGGCAAUUUAUUUAUAUAACAAAAGACCAAGUCAGCCUCGGGCCAUUCGAUUGCCAUGGAGGGCCAUGGACUAUCGAUGCGUGUCAUGCCUGGCCCUCCAUGGAAGCAGAUGUAAUAAUUGGGGGACUAAGUUGUCAAUUGUUUGCCAUGCGACGCGCGCAUGUGACUGGAGUUUGUUGACUGGACCCACUUCUCUUCCCACCCUUUUCUUGCCAGACGCGAUGCUUUCCAUGCAUACCCCGCCACGAACAACCUAUGAUUCACCCAUGCUCACGCCUUCGCCACUGCGUAGACAUCCUACCGACGCUAUGUUUCAACAAUCGCCAUUUAAACCGCGUCCUCUGACUCCGGAAAACUCGGACGCCACAGUUUUCCUGGCUUCUCCGACUAAGCCACUCCUCACGCCAGCAAAGAAGAUCUCUAGUCGUACACCUCUCUCUCUUAAUACCAACACUGCGACCGCGGCGGGCACCAAGCGGAAAUCAUCGCAGCACACCAUCAGCACACCUCUUCGCCUGACUCCACUUCCCCCCACGAGCGGCUCCGGCAUUUCUUUCCAGCGCCUUGCGCCCCUUCCGGCCCCUCAAUUCGCCACACGCACUCCCCAAAGCAUCGCAGAGGCCGAUGCUCAUAUUCGCAGCCAUACUGCCACCCUCACACAGCUCCGCAUCUCCGAUCUUCAAGACGAAUUUGAGGACGACGAACUCCCCGUUCUUUCAAGGCCGGAGGAGAUCGUCGAAGCCUGUUCGCCAGGAGGUCACAUAACGAAACGACGUGCUCGGUCGCGUCCGGUAUCUCAAGAGUUGAUGAUGAGGGGAUCUCCGUCUCCGGUCGCAUUUCCAUCGGCUCGCGGCCGCUCUCCAUCCUGCCCAUCUUCUCCAGAAACUGGUUCACCCGUGCCUCGCAAACGAGUCACAAACAUGCGCCCUCCACGUGCACCACUCGAACGGAUCGAAAGCGCUGCGACCCUUUUCUUUGGGCCUCCCAUUCAUCCUCCUCCAGUUCCAAGGGCGCGACUCUCUUCCGCCAGGGCCGCCGCUCCUGACAACUCACUGGCACGUCCUGGUCGUCAUAGUUACGCUGGACCCAGUUGCAGCACCCAGCCUUGGGAAGCAGUCCAGGCGCGACCUCGGACGCCUUCUCCGCAUUCAUCACCACCCUGUAUUCCAACUGACAUUGAGGACGACGACCAAGACAUGUUCUUUAAUGCUCCCCAUCCGGAGACAUCGUUCACGUUCAGUGUCACGGCCAACACGCCUUCGCCACGCAACAAGAAGCCAGUCACGAUUCCGAAAAAAUGCAACAUGCGUGACUCCGGCGUGGCAUUAAGCGAUGAAGAGAUGGAGCAGAUGAUGCCUCGUGCCUCCACCAGCGUAAACUCCAUCAACUCUGACGAGAUGCUCGUCACCCCAGGACUUGAGCCUGAGCUUGGUUCGGGUUGGCCCACCAUCUUUGGGAACGAGAAUGCGUUGGAUGGGGGAGUCGAUGUCGAGGGUUUCUUCCGUCGUAUUGCGACAGCCAAGAGCAAGAACAGCACGCAGACCAAGAAAGCCCCGGGCACUCCUGUCAAGCGAGUCAAGACCAGCUAUAUUGGUGCCGAGCGGCCGUGGCAGAGUGCAGUUGCUCACAAAGUGGGGUUGCCUGGGUUCAGUCUGGAGCCGAAGCCAGGCAAGGCACCUCGCAAGAGCUUACCUGCAGUUUUCCCUGCUCUCGGACGCAAACAAGGCAAGGCGGCUGUCGAUCUCAACAGCGACUCGGAUGGUGAAGAGGAAAGUCCAAGCAGCAGGCGUGACAAAUACGUCGGAGUUGGACUGGGCAGACCACUGGCCCGGACGCGAUGGUUGACACGUCGAAGCAGCAGUGGCGCUUUCUCAAGUGGCAGCGACUCGGCGUCCAUUGCAGGAACACCCACACGUGCCAAAGGACGUGAUUGGCACCUGCCCAAACCGCACCUAUUUUCACCUUCGACUAAUGCAUUGAGCUUGUCGCCGGGCCGUUCCGUGUCAAGCUCAUCGUCCUCGACGCUGGGCUCACCGACCGGAGCACGACAACAGUCACGGAAGAAGCGUACUACGCUGACACCCCUCCCCGGGCGACGGCUUUCGGAUCAAUCGUUUGAAAGAGUAGGGUACUUUGAACGGGAGUUCGAGGAGCUGGACGAGCUCGGGAGCGGAGAGUUUGGCAAGGUCAUCAAAGUUCGAUCGAGGACCAGAUGUGCGGAAUAUGCGGUAAAGAAGUCGAAGCGGUUUGAAGGCGUGAGACAUCGGUUGCGCUUACGAGAAGAAGUAGAGAUUCUCCAACACCUCACAUGCAGUGGCGUACAACCCAAUGUGUUGACACUUGUCGACAGUUGGGAAGAAGACGACAUGUUAUACAUUCAAACGGAUCUUUGCGAGCUGGGCAACUUUGCACACUUUCUGUGGGAGUUUGGACGGCUCUAUCCCCGACUCGACGAAGGUCGCAUCUGGAAGAUUCUCGUCGAACUGGGCAAUGGCCUGGAGUUCAUCCACAACCGUAACGUCAUACAUCUGGACCUGAAGCCGUCAAAUAUACUGGUGACGGGCAAUGGCCAUUUCAAGAUCGGAGACUUUGGGAUGGCUUCAGUGUGGCCGCGAAUGCUGCCAGCGGCCGAUUCGGAAUCAGUGGGCCUGGAGCGCGAGGGCGAUAAGAUGUAUCUGGCGCCGGAAGUCUUGCAGGGCAGAUAUGGCAAGGCCGCUGAUGUCUUCAGUUUUGGCAUGACAAUGCUCGAGACAGCAUCAAACAUCGUGGUGCCAGACCAGGGCGACUCUUGGCUGAGGCUCCGCCGAGAGGAUUUCUCGCAAAUCGAUAUGGAUGACAUGCCGGAACUAUUCACCCUGAUCCGGGAAAUGAUGCUGACUGAUCCGGCGCUAAGGAUUGAUGUAGGCAAUAUCUGCCGAGACCCUAUCGUUCAGCGAGCUUCGGCACGGAUGGCCUCUUCAGGGGAGAGUCCGCUCGCCAGCUGUGGGCGAGAGUUCGUUUUGGAUAUUCUUGGAAGAAUGGAGGAGGAGCGGAUGUAGUUAGAGCUGACCGCCAGCGAUUUGCGGAUGCAUGUUCUUGACGACCAACCAAUCUAUCAGAGUUUCACGUUGUAGUUGCUUGUGAGAACGCUAUCGCAUGUCACUAUCACGCGUGACACGCUCAACAAACGCUCUUUCUCUCUCUUAAUGUUCUGGUCGUGACUGUCCUUCCUUGAAUAAAUACUAUCUCACCGGAUGCUUCCUCGUCUCCCACCAGCCCUCCCGGCCCUCCCCCACCUUCUUUCGAAUUCCUAUCCUCCCUGGUCCCCCAUGCCUUCAGGAAUGGAUCCCUGCGACUAUCGGGCCUUUUAUCCCUACACACCCAACGAAGUCAAACAUCGUAAGCGCACCACGAGCGCUCAGCUCAAGGUGCUCGAGGAGAUCUUCAAGCGCGAUACGAAGCCCAAUGCCGCUCUUCGCACUGACCUUGCGGUCCAGCUGAACAUGACACCGAGAGGUGUUCAGGUCUGGUUUCAGAACCGCCGCGCGAAGGAGAAGUCCAAAGCGGUGAAAAGUCUCAACAAGACCUCUGGUGCGCUGCCAAGGAAGGAAGGAGAAUCGCCAUCACCACGAUCUUCCGAGGACCUGGAUGGAUCGGAGUCGUCGCCAAGCGAGGUCGCCGUCGACCCUUCGACGAGCUCAUCCCCGAGUCCUACUAUCACCUCUCCUCCCCAGCUCCAUGUAUUGACAGAUUCGAGUGACUCCUCUUGGCAGGGCUCGCCAGUCACCGACACACCAGAGGAUGCCUCGUUCGAUCUGCCCUCACACAUGAGCCGCCGCGGUUCCUUGCCCGUGAAUUCUCUAAACUACGGUCCCCCACUCGUGGACCCUCUCGAUCCGCUCGCUCGCCGUCGGUCAGUCGACGCCAGCUUGGUCCGCUUGGCUUCGAACCCUUACGCCCACAUUGUUCGAGCCAAGAACAACGUGCUGGCUACUCAGCGAUUGUCGCAAGGGCGUCAGAUGAGCCGGGGGUAUAUAAAUCGGCCGGGCCUCGCCCAUCGUUCGACAAUGCCUAUCCAGCCUCACACCAGACACGCCUCUAUGGAAAGCCGCGGUUAUAACCACAUGUCGACCUCGCCGUCUCCGUCACCACUGUCGCCGUUCCAUUCCAUCCGUGCUUCUCUUCCCGACGGACAAUUGUAUCCUGUCUCUUCGCGAACCGUUGCGGCCCCGAUUCCUGGGCCGUUGCCCAAUCCAGGCUACUCGUUUGGUGUUGCGUCGACCUCCGACAGCGAGCGCAGCUCCCCAGUGGACUUUAGCGGAUUUUCUUUCCCUCGUGACGAUGCCACUUCUGAGGACGAUAGCUCCGCUUCUUACCCGAUGUCGCGUUUCAGCUCGAUCGCUAGCGAAUCGAGCGCAACUAGCGCCUACUUCUCUGACGUUGGUAGCGCGGGAGAAGCACCCGACUACCGCAGCAUGCGGCGGGAGUCUUGCCCUGCGCCUGGCUACCUCGAUCUCGGCAUGUCGCAUCUGGAUAUGGGUCCUCGGCGCGCCAGUGUUGCCGAGGGUCUUUUGGGUCACUAUGCGCCAUCCGAUGGCUUUGAGCAAGAUGGACAAGCUACUUUGGGCUACCCAUCGCCGUCCUCAACGGUGUCUGCAGGGUCGAGCCCGCACCUAGCAGGCAACGGGACUGCUUCGGGGAGCGAAUUGAGCUUCGCACUGCACUCUAAGCAAGAAGCGGAGAUGAACACGAAUGAUGCAGGCCACAACUCGACGUUCUUUUUCGACCAGACUUAUCCUCAGUCCGCGCCACCAACGUCUGAACUGCAAUUCAACUACGACUCGUUCGCCUACUCGUCGGCUGCUCAGCCUCAAAGCGCUGGGCCGUUCCAAAGCGCCGGUUUUGGACAGCAGGAGUCGUUUUACCAGUCGCAUGGAGGGGACGGCGGCUCCUUUGUGUAUUCAUGAGCGGGGAUUGAAUUUUCUCUUGAAACGACCAUCACCACCACCACCACCACCACCACCACCACAACACACGAGUCCCAACUCUAUCUUAUAGCUCUCUUAUUCAUGGACAUCAUUGGAUCUCCUUGCACAUUUAAUCGCUUCCAGCUGGCGACUGUUCACCACCCGCAUCGUUUCGCAAAUGUUAUGCUAAACCACAGUUCGCUCCUUGUAAUAUUUGUUGUUGUUAUUCUUCACGCCGGGGCCGCUGACUACCAUAGCCAUCCUACAAGUACAAUAUCCUCUUUUACAAUACCAGUGCAAUGUAAUAUUUUGUUGCAAAUAAACACCUGUCACAGCUUGGUUA